ACGUGCUUUGUUAAUCCUCUUAGUUUAAUUAAGCCGAACAGACAGGCCCACACUUUAACAGCAGAGGUUUCACAAAUCGAUUAGACUGUAUGAGAAGUCAAACGGAGGCUAGGAGGAGCAUCUCCAGAUUUUAAACCGGCCUGAAGGUGCUUGUCUCUGGGCCCCUGCAGGAUGCUGGCUCGGCGGAUGCUGUGGGGAGCUGUGGAGCGUCAGAUCGCUCCGCGUCUGACCUACAGCACUGCAGCAGCACAGCCGCAGGUGAAGCCAAAAAAGACUAAAUUUGGCCCUCUGAGUGACCAAGACCGGAUAUUCACCAACUUAUAUGGGCGACAUGACUGGAGACUCAAGGGUUCACUCAAACGAGGAGACUGGUAUAAGACCAAGGAGAUCAUACUGAAGGGAUCAGACUGGAUCCUAAAUGAGGUGAAAAUCUCAGGGCUUCGAGGCAGAGGAGGAGCGGGCUUCCCCACCGGCAUGAAGUGGAGCUUCAUGAACAAACCCAGUGAUGGCAGACCUAAAUAUCUGGUGGUGAAUGCAGAUGAGGGUGAGCCAGGGACGUGUAAAGACCGUGAGAUAAUGCGCCAUGACCCCCACAAGCUAAUCGAAGGGUGCCUGGUUGCUGGGAGAGCCAUGGGUGCCCGUGCUGCCUACAUCUACAUCAGAGGAGAGUUUUACAAUGAGUCAUCAAAUCUACAGGUGGCAAUCAAUGAGGCCUACAAAGCCGGGCUGAUAGGGAAGAACGCUUGUGGCUCAGGGUAUGAUUUCGAUGUGUUUGUGGCACGGGGAGCUGGAGCGUACAUCUGCGGGGAGGAGACGGCCCUCAUCGAGUCCCUCGAAGGCAAACAAGGGAAACCCCGACUCAAGCCACCAUUCCCUGCAGACAUAGGGGUGUUUGGAUGCCCGACAACAGUUGCCAACGUGGAGACAGUUGCUGUGGCGCCUCAGAUCUGUCGUCGAGGCGGAGCUUGGUUCGCCAGCUUUGGGAGGGAGAGGAACUCUGGCACGAAGCUGUUCAACAUCUCCGGUCACGUGAACACGCCGUGCACGGUGGAGGAAGAGAUGUCUAUUCCUCUGAGGGAGUUAAUAGAGAGACACGCAGGAGGAGUGAGGGGCGGCUGGGACAAUCUAUUAGGAGUGAUCCCGGGAGGGUCCUCCACUCCCAUCAUCCCUCGCCAUGUGUGCGAUGAGGUUUUGAUGGAUUUUGAUGACCUGGUCCGUGCAGAGACUGCACUGGGAACCGCUGCCGUCAUAGUUAUGGAUAAAUCGACUGAUGUGAUCCGAGCCAUCGCACGUUUGGUUGAGUUCUAUAAACAUGAGAGCUGUGGCCAGUGCACCCCCUGCAGAGAGGGAGUUGACUGGAUGGAUAAAAUGAUGUGGAGGUUUGUUCGAGGAGAAGCCGCAGUUUCAGAAAUUGACAUGAUCUGGGAGCUAAGCAAGCAGAUAGAGGGACACACCAUCUGUGCACUGGGCGACGGAGCUGCCUGGCCUGUGCAGGGACUGAUUCGACAUUUCCGGCCAAUCAUGGAGAGCCGCAUCGCUCAGUAUAACAAGAAAAACCCCGCGAGAGAGCCAGAGAUUGAGAUGAUCUGAAAUUGCAACGUCCCUUUCAGCAUUUCAGCUCAGUUAGCAGCUAAUAGCUCAUCUUGCUAUACUGCUUUGUGUAUAUUACUUUCAUUAAACAUAGCUUUUCUAUGUGACAUUUAUUAGAAGAAGGAAAGAAAGAAGAAGGGAACAUGUUUAUUCAAGGCUUUUCACAAGAGGUCUAUUUUUGUAAUAUCAAUUCUGCAGCAGGUUGAUCACUUAAUCUACUAUCUACUAUGGCAAAGAUAACUGCUGACAGCUAACUAGCAGAGGUAACCAGUUUGGUUUGUGAUGAUCUGUUUGCCAAGCAUUGCAGAAGACUUAGAAAUAUAUGCAUUACAAAGAAUCACAAGCUCAAACACAGCAAUAAAUUAAGUUUAUUUAUUUCAUAGAAGCAUGAAAUAAAUGUAAUAUGUUUAUGACAUAUUAGUCCAACAUGAUCUAUACAAAAAGACCAGAAUAGAAAAGGAUGGUGUCACUGACAUGGACAGUGAAAAAGGGAAGGUGGUGACAAAGUCAGAAGCUGUACAAGGGAUAAAAUGAAAAAUGUCAGUGAUUUACAACAUCAUUGCUUUGUGAUGUUUUUACAAAGACACUAUAUUCAAACACUUCACCUGGCAUGUGUUCUUAUUCCAUUCCAAAUAAAACGGACGCAGAUUAUCGCUCAUCUGACCUUCUAUAAAUUCACAAUAUAGUUUGGAAUAUCAGUCCUGCAAAUGUUCAUCUUCAAACUAUAAUGCGUGCACCAAAAGAAACAAACAGGAGUUUUCCAAAACAUUAGUAUGUCUAUUUGGACCCAAGUACUAAAAAUAAUGCUGCAACCAACAUGUAGGUGUUAAGAGUCAUCCAUGUGAUGAGCAGGUGAU